GAAACUGAAUCCUAUCAGGAUCUGUGGUAAAAUGGCAGAAGCCAGCUCAGCACUGGAUGUGAACCAGUUCAGCUGCCCAAUCUGUCUGGAUCUACUGAAGAAUCCAGUGACUACAGCUUGUGGACACAGUUAUUGUAUGAGCUGCAUUAAGGACUGCUGGGAUCAGGAGGAUCAUGCUGGAGUUUACAGCUGCCCCCAGUGCAGACAGACCUUCACACCCAGACCUGUUCUGGCCAGAAACACCAUACUGGCUGAGGUGGUGGAGAAACUGAAGAUGACUGGACUACAAGCAGCUGCAUCUGCUGACCAUUUUGCUGGACCUGGAGAUGUGGAGUGUGAUGUCUGUACUGAGAGAAAACACAAAGCUGUCAAGUCCUGCCUGGUGUGUCUGGCUUCCUACUGUGAAACUGACCUGCAGCUUCACAAUAAACUCCACAGUGCAAAACAGCACAAGCUCAUUGAUGCCAUCAGCCGUUUGCAGGACAAGGUCUGCUCGCACCAUGACAAACUCCUGGAGAUCUACUGCCGUACCGACCAGCAGUGUAUCUGUUAUCUCUGUACAAAGGAUGAACACAGAAGCCAUGAUACAGUCUCAGCUGCUGCAGGAAGAGCAGAGAUACAGGAACAAAUGGGCGAAGCGCAUAAGAAAAGUCAGCAGAGAAUUCAGAUGAGAGAGAAGGAGCUGCAGGAGCUGAGAGAGGCUGUGGGCUCAAUCACGAGCUCAGCACAGUCAGCAGUACAGGACAGUGCGUGGAUCUUCGCUAAGAUGAUCCGCUUCAUUGAGAGAAAACGCUCUGAGGUGAUACAGCUGAUCAGAGAUCAGGAAAAGGCUGCAGUGAGUCAGGCUGAAGGACACAUGGAGAUACUGAAGCAGGAGAUUGAUGAACUGAAGAGGAGACACUCUGAGCUGGAGCAGCUUCCACACACAGAGGAUCACAUCCAUUUUCUCCAGAGGUGCCAGGGUCUUACUGUUGUCCCUGAAGCUGGAUUUGGACCCAGAAUCUCUGUCUAUCCAUACUGCUCUUUUGAGAACGCGAGGAAGGUGGUUUCUGAACUGAAGGAUCAACUGGAGGAUGUUUGUGAAAAGAAAACGACAGAGAUUCAUCAUGCAGUUACCAAAGACACCAUCCUACCAGUAUUAGUGCCCAGGACCAGAGCAGAAUUCUUACCAUAUUCCUGUCGGCUCACUCUGGACCCCAACACAGCAAACAGAAACCUUCAUCUGUCUGAGGGGAACAGAGUGGUGACAUGGAAGACAGAGAUACAGUCAUAUCCUGAUCACCAGCAGAGGUUUGACUCACGCCUCUAUGUGCUGUGUACAGAGGGUCUGACUGGGUGCUGCUACUGGGAGGUAGAAUGGAGUGGUAGUUCGGUCCGUAUAGCUGUCACAUAUAAAGGGAUCAGCAGGAAAGGAUGGGAUGACGACAGCUGGUUUGGAUUCAAUGACAAGUCCUGGUGUUUGUCCUGCUCAUCCUCCAAUUACUCAUUCUGGCACAAUAAAGUAGAAACUGCAGUAUCUGGCCCCCCCUCCCCCAGGAUAGGAGUGUACCUGGAACACGGGGCAGGAACUCUGUCCUUCUACAGCGUCUCUGACACAGUGACCCUCCUGCACAGGGUCCAGACCACGUUCACUGAGCCUCUCUAUCCUGGGUUUGCUCUUUGUAACAGUACAGCCAAACUGUUCUGACUUGGUAAACAGGCGGUUGUAUGCGUCCCAUUAGAUUAACAAGUUAACUAACAUUAUAAAAUGAGACUACAAGCUGUGACUCGUUUGCAUUUUACCCAAGCGAACACUAAAACCACAUCAUCUGGGAUUAUAAAGACAGAAGCAGGUAGUGAUUGAAGAGAAGCAGAGCUCAGAGAACCAAGGUGUGUCCUUCGGCUCUGGGGAUUCCCAGGAUGGGAUUCAAGUCCAGGCAUUAUUUAGGUAGUUAGCAGCUGGAAAUGAAAUAAAAAGCAUUCAGGAUGGCAAGAAUAUUUUUAUUUUAGUUACAACAAGUAAGUAAACAGUCUAACAUCAUACAAAAAAGAAAUGUAAAAUAUCUAACAGUGACAAGAAAAUGAUGUAUGAUUUGAUUAAUAUUAAUUAGUUAUUAAUUGCUAUUAAUGUCAAUGCUUCAAAAGAAAAAAGUACUGUGGCUGGUUGAAGAAGACGACUAAUGUCUACGAAGCGCGGAACGACCUUUGUAAAAAAGUCAUCAAACUGACAACUGUGGACUCUAAAGCCAUCGACUCGCAUAUCGGGGGACAGAAGCACAAGCGUUUUGUCGACAGUCGGACAGCAACUGUCCCCAUUCAGUUGUCUGCCAGUCCUGCAAGUAUAACCUCUACAGAUAGACCUACACCCGCUUUGUUAGUGUCUCCAGAUCCUACGACAAGCAAUGCCUUCAGUACAUUCUCCUCAACCGACACACUGAAAGCAGAAGUGCUAUGGGCUUUGCAAACGGUUAGCCGACAUCACUCCUAUACGUCCAAUGAUGACAUUCACACUGUGGUGAGCAAUUUGCUGGGACACAGUUAGUAACUGUAGGAAGUUGUGGCCUACAUACCCUUCACCAGUAUUGCCAACUUAGCGACUUUGUCGCUAGAUUUAGAGACUUUUCAGACCCCCUUGAUGACUUAGUUUCAAAAAAGCGCACUUACCUGCUUCUUCUUUGCUUGAAAUACAACAAUUUAAUUUCUUAUUUAUUUUUUUUCUUCUGAUGCACUUAUAUUACUCACUGUUACAGAGCUUAAGUUCAUUCCAGUUUCUGAACUCGUCUGAGAUCGUGUACUGAGCUACAUCUGAUUCUGCGCAGUCUGCGGUUAAGGCUUUUGAGGGAGAACACUCUGAUCCGCUCAAGCUGCUGGACUGUUUAAUGAGGGUUAUAAAGUCUGUCUGCAGCAGAGUCAUUAACCCAAUGGCUAAAAUUGAUGUUCUUAAGGAACCAAUUGAUGGGCACAUUUCUCCAAAGCCAUACCGUGGCUAUUUAUUUGAGUCAAAGACAGCAUAAUUGAAACUUUCUCCUGAGGAGGAGGAUUGUGUGCGAAGGAGAUGUGUGACCUACACCAUAUCCUUAGUAAAUGAGCUAAGAUCAAGGCUCCCAGAUAAUGUGGAGAUACUGCAGCACAUGUCCUUGUUCAGUGUGGGGGAGACUCUUAAGCACAAGAAGAGCCUGACACAAAUGACAAAACCUGCAGACCUUCUAGGAUACUGCCCAGCCACAAUUGACAAAAUUAUUAAUCAGUGGAGGUCUAUUCACCUUCAGAAAUGGGAUGAAAUAACAAACACAUUGGCUUUUUGGGCUGAAGUUAAAAAAUACAGGGAUUCAGCAGUCAUAAACCCAUAUGAAGACUUGGCCCCUGCUGCAGUUUCUGUCCUCUCGCUCCCACACUCAAAUGCUGAGGUAGAAAGCCUUUUCGGUCAAAUGGGUGUCAUUAAAAACAAACUAAGGAACCGCAUGACCCUCUAGACUCUUAGCUCUAUUCUGUAUAUUAGGUGUGGUUUGAGGUUGGCCGGAGAUGCAUGCUAUGAGCACAAACUGCCAGAUGAAGUGCUGCAGCUCUUUGGCACUUCAGCGGCUUAUUCAUUUAAGUCCUGUCCUGCAGCUGGUUCUAGCUCAUCCUCUGCAUGCAAUAUCGCCCCACAGGAGGAGAGCUUUGAGAGUGUGGAUCUUGUGGAUGAUGACGAUGAAUUCCCUCUCAGCAUUCUCAUGGAGUGAUCUGUAAUCAGAAUCACAGAUUCAACAGCAAUAAAAAAGUAUCUUUUUUAAAUUGCUAUGUAAAUAUUUGUGGCACUCUUGUCUACCAGAUUAUCACAUAUAUAUAGUUUUUUAUAUAUCUAUUUAGUUAAAUUACCAUAUAAAAGUAUUUGAAUGUACUGUAGUUCAAUGCCAUUUUAUGACAAUUUCCAUUUCUUGUAUUAAAAUACUAAGUUUAUUAAAAUGCAAAGUUUUUUAGUUUUCUAAUUUUACCUUAAAUAGGCACAUUUAUGUACAAUAUAGUUAGUUUGUAAAUAAGCACAGGCUUUUUGUAAAUAUGCACAUAGUUCGUUAGUAAAGUGCAAAACCUUAUAAAUAUGCACGUAGUUCAUUUGUAAAUGUGCACAUAGUUCGUUUGUAAAUUUACAAAUAAGCCUAAUUCAGGUUUAUCCACUAUGGGUCAGAUUAUCCUAAUCAUUCCUGAAUAUCAUACACUGUGUGAGAGAAUAAAGAAAGCAUUCUGUGGCAUAAAUUAUAUCUAUUUUCAUUUUACUUGUAAAUAUAACUGAUAAUAUCACAACACAUAUGCUGUCUUUAACUUACCUACAGUAGUGAUUUUGUCCAACGCAGCUAUAAAUCCGGAUUCCGGAAUUAUUUCAUUGCAGAGGAUGUAACUGCUGGUUAAUAAGUUCCGUUGUGUUGUCUGACAGAAAAUAUGUAACGUAAUUGAUCAACAGCUUUAUAUUGGACACGUGAGGAAGGAUUAGGGAAAACACGCAGAAUGCAAAUACGACGCAAUUACGGCUUCAAUAUGCAAAUAUACGCAUGACGUCAUCUAGCGACAUUUGCCGACUUUUCGAGCAGGCUUUAGCUACUUUCCAUUGAAAAUAAUUGGCAACACUGCCCUUCACAACUCAUUCAAGACUGGUUUUGAAGUGUGGAUGUUGGAGAAAGUGCUCAAAGCACAUUUUCUUUUCCACUCUGCACCAGCCAGAAGAGAGGACUUCACAGCUGCAAUAUCAUCCUCAAGAUUCCCUUUACCUUUCUGUGGCCAACGGUGGCUCGAAAAUUUACCAGCUGUCGAACGAGCAUUGGAAGUCUGACCCUCUAUUGUGAAAUAUGUGGA